AUGGACAAGGUAAAGAUAACGGUAUUUGAAAACCUUCUACGGCUUCCAUAUGACUCAGGAAAACCAGUUGAAGAUUGUUCGGUGCUAACAUGUGGGUGUUUGGUGUCUGAAAGUUAUUUUCUACAGUUAUUAGACAAGAAAUGUCCUACAUGUUUGGCCAAAGGUGUUGGUCUCUUAAGUAGCAUAGAACCACUACGAGAAUUAUAUCAGGUAGUUCAGAAACUAAAUUUCAAUGCAUCCAGUCGACGCCGAAGGCGGUCGUCAUCUAAACGAAGUGAGAAAGGUGCUUUGGUGAUUGGUGAUGCUCUGAAUGAACUCUUUAGAGAGAACACAAAGGCCACCACUACUGAUAAGGAAGAUUCAGUGGAUUUCAUGACGCUUUUCUAUAAGAUUGCUAAAGAAGAGACUAAAGGUUGUGGUGGUGAUCCAGGAGGAGGUGAAGAAGAGUUGAAGCACACACAAGUAAAUGCAACCAAUGACAAUGACGAAUCUGUUAGUAGACAGAAAUCCACAACUUCUAUUCAUGUGGAAGAUUAUAUGAACCAACUUCAAAUACAAAAUCCUCACCCCCUUCUGGUGGAUCCAGUUUGGGGGACAGAUCUUGAUUUACUAAGUGAAGAGAAGGAAUACAAUUUUAGCAAGUGUUUCCCCUUCCAUCGGAAGUUCACAUCUUAUCCCACCCUGCAAUCUAAAUUUAAACUUAAUUUUAUUCUGCUGAAGAGUUAUAGAAUCAUAGCGAGUGACAUCAUCAGUUACUUCCGUAAUGGUCAAGAAGUAAUGAUGUUUGUCUUUUUGACCGAGAAGCGAUGGGAGAUUUAUGAAUUCAAAUCUGGCGAUAGCAAACCAGAAAUGGUCUGUUGUGGGAAACUGACUGGUGAAUAUGGGCCUUCUCCUUCAUCUUUAAGACUUUCAUCUUCCGAGGGAAUCGUUAACAAAAGUGACUUUAAUUAUCCUGGAGCAGAAGAUUCAAGUUUAUCGAAACGUUUACAAUCUUGGGAUCAUAUCCAUUGUAAAUUGGCUAGUGAUUAUUUACUUAUAUCUGGAAGCAAAGGGGUGCUAAGAGUUUACAAUCUCCGUAAAGGUUCAAAGUAUCUGGUGGGACAACCCAUCUAUACUUAUGUCACUAAUUUCCCCUUAAGAUGCAUAUCAAUAUCACCAAAUCAACAACUAUUAGCUUGUGGGAUUGUUGCUAGAGAACGACUUUCCGGUAGAGAACAACCAUUUAUAAUAUUGCAUAAAAUGAAUUUCACACCUGAAGGGAUUUUGAAAACUGUUGAACCAAUAACUAUAACAGUUCCAUAUCGAGAUCCCAUUAAACUCAUUUCUUUUAAUGCCACUUCAAGCUAUAUAUUAUGUUGUACUGCAUGGGAAUCAAGAUACCUAAUCAUAAAGAUAAGAGAGUUUAAUGAUAACUAUAGAAGACCUCGUUUGGUGUGGACAGAUUAUGCAGGGAAAAGAUCAAAGGAAACAAGCAAUGAUAAGAAUGAUAAUGGGUUGGAGAUGACUACAGCUGGUAUAACAGAUAUUCAAUUUGGAAUUAAACAUUCAAACACCAUUAUUAUUACUUCAUGCUCAAUAAAAAAUACGUUCCCAGAAAUUGUUCGACUUGAAGGAGCAACGCUUGACUCCGAACGCAAGGGAAGUAGUCAUACAGUAGCUGAUGUCAUUGGAGAACAAGAAAGUACAUCCAGCAGACUUGAUGAGGUUGAAACUUCAUAUAUUCGAUCAUCUGAACUGGCACUUAGAUUUCCUGAAGUUGGUCCUUUCAUUCAUAAGCUGGCCAUAUCACCUCGUGGAGAUGGGCUUGUGUUUCUUCGGAACGAUGGGAACCUUUAUUUGGUAUCUACUCCUAAUCUUUCUGUACCAGUUACAGGCAAUAAUAAGAAGAUUGUUGUUCUUUUGGGAGAAGUUGCUGGUAGUGAUGUUGCAGAUGAAUGUGCGUCGAUUUCAUUUAGUGCAGAUGGUGGAAAAGUCUAUGCUGUUGAUCGUAGAGGUAUUCUUUACGUUUACGAUUUUACAAAGGGUGUUCCUGGUCAAGAGCUUGAUGUUGUCAAGUGUAAGAUUAUCAAUGCAUAA